AGGAGCAGAUCAGAUUCUGAGUUUGACAAUAAUGUUCUGCUUCAUUUCAUAUGGAAUAACAAAAUACCUGCAUUAAAAACAUCACGUCACCUGACCAAAUCUUCACAUCAUUUGGGGUUAUCAAUGUAGGAGAAAGGGCAGAAAAGUAUGUGCGUGUUGAGAGACUUGGGUGUGGAAAGGAUUACUGUACAGUACUGUAGAGACUGAGAAGAGGAAAAGAAGAGGUGGGGUUUCUCAGUGGUGUGUUUCUAUAAAAGCUUCGACUGGAAGUGUUCACGAGACAAGCUGGUCACCCUGCAGCCUGCGUCUAUUCUGGGACACAUGCCUGGAUCACACUGCACAAAGGAUAUUCAAAAGAAUAUCAACUGUGUCACUCCUGCCACCUACUUCACUGAGCUCCUGCCCCUGAUGGAAAAACCUAACCUGCCGUCUGAACAUGACAACUCUCAGGAAGAUGGGAAAGAGAAGGAUCCUGUGCAGCCAGGGCCCACACUUCUGCAGAGGUCCUGGACCCGCUUCCUGAAGGGAAUCUCCUACUUCUCUGGAGACAUGAAGGUGUUUGGAGAAUGGAUGAAAAAACAGUUUUUGCUACUGCAGCUGCUGGACUGGGUUUUGCGUGGAGCUGCUCAGGUGAUGUUCGUCAACAACCCUCUAAGCGGCCUCAUCAUUUUUGCAGGCCUCAUCCUGCAGAACUACUGGUGGGCCCUCAACGGCUUUGUGGGAACACUGUUUGCCACCAUAUCUGCCCUUAUUCUGCAACAGAGCAGGGGUGCAAUAGCUUCCGGGCUGUAUGGUUACAAUGGCAUCCUAGUGGGUCUGCUGAUGGCUGUGUUCUCUCACAAGGGAGACUGGUACUGGUGGCUCCUGCUUCCCAAUAUCUUCUUGUCCAUGAUGUGCCCGAUUCUGUCCAGCGCCCUGGCAUCUAUAAAUAGUCGCUGGGAUCUGCCAGUGUUCACCCUGCCCUUCAACAUCCUGGUGUGUCUCCACAUGGUCGCCACCGGACACUACAACCACCACUUCCCCCAAGUCCUCAUUCAGCCUCGCUCAGAGCUGCCCAACAUCACCUGGGAUGAAAUCGACGUAGGCAAGCUGUUCAUGUCAGUGCCAGUGGGAAUAGGCCAGGUCUACGGCUGUGACAACCCUUGGACAGGAGGAAUCUUCAUCAUCUCACUUUUCAUCUCCUCCCCUAUCACAUGCGCUCAUGCUGUUCUGGGAUCUUCUGUGGGAAUGGUUUCAGGCUUGGCUCUGGCGGCGCCUUUUGGAGACAUUUACUUUGGCCUCUGGGGAUACAACUGUGUGUUAGCAUGCAUUGCUAUCGGAGGAAUGUUUUACGCUCUCACCUGGCAGGUGCACUUGCUUGCCAUCACAUGUGCUUUUUUCUGUGCAUACCUUGGCUCAGCCAUUGCCAAUCUUAUGUCUACGUUUGGUCUGCCGGCCUGCACUUGGCCUUUCUGUCUCUCUGCCCUCGUUUUCCUCCUUUUAACCACGGAGACCAAAAAGAUCUUCAAGCUGCCUCUGGCCAAAGUCAACUACCCAGAGAAAAACCUGGUCUACUUCUGGAAGAUGAAGAAGCAGGAGAAAAUGGAGAAGGCUGAGAAGGACAGGAAAGAGAGUGCGGAGCAGAAGAAAGCCUUAGAGGAAGAGGUGAUACUGAAUGAGAAAGAAUAUCUGAGGAUAGAGUUUGGAAAAUUGGAUGAAAAUAGAGCUGCAAGUGAGACAUCAGACGAUGAAAAUGAAACGACACACGUCGACAAACAGCAGCGUACGGAAGAAAAAGAAAUCCGACACAAUGAUUUAACCAAGGUCACUCUUGGUAAUUAGGAGAGAGAGAGCGAGAGAGAGCGAGAGAGAGCGAGAGAGAGAGAGAGAGAGAGAGAGAGAGAGAGUGAGAGAGUGAGAGAGCGAGAGAGAGAGAGAGAGAGAGAGAGAGAGAGAGAGAGAGAGAGAGAGAGAGAUACACACUGAUGGAAAAUGUAUGACGAAUGUAAUAAGUGUAUCUGUAAAGAUUCUUCCAGAGUGUUUUGCAUUUGUAGUCCAGAUGUUUCACUGGACAUGUAGCAUUUAUUUUCUCUGUAGAAUAUAUAUUUUUUCAAUAAAUUAUUUUAUAAUAAUCA